CCGGCUGCAGGACGCGGCGGGCUCGCCACGGGCCGCGCAGAAGUUCCAGGAGGAGCCCGGGCGGCUCGGCGAGGGUGCCGACGAGCUCGCGAGGCCGAAGAAGAAGGCGAAGACCGAGCGCGUCGUGAUGGCCCUCGAGGACCGCCUGAGCGCCGCCGCCCGCCGGCAGGAGGCGAUGGCGCUCGAGGUGGCGGACUGGAAGGCCCGCGCCCUCCAGGCGCACGCCGCCGUCGAGGAGCUCGAGGGGCGCGUGCGCAAGUUCGCGGAGGUCGCCUCGAAGAUCAAGGUCGGGAGCGCCCGCAAGCUUGAGCGGCGCGACGCCAUCGUCGCAGGCCUCGAGGCCCAGCUGGCCCAGAGGCAGGCGCAGCUCUCCGCGGCCGCGGCCCUGCGCGCGCGGGACCUCGCCACCGUGCAGUGCCUCCAGCACAGGCUGCUCGGGGUGCACAGCACCCUCGUGACCGACAUCGGCGGCGCGCCGCUCGGCGCCCGCGCCCCCGAGGAGGAGGAGGAGGAGGCCGGCGACGAGGAACGGCGGGAGGCCCUCCCGCCGCCGUCCAGGCCGGCGCUGCGCAGGCGCGGGCAGGGCGCCGGGCGAGAGAACGGCGCGGGCGGCGGCCGCAGCGUGAGCUUCCACGCCGAGG